CCCAUGAAAUGGAGAUACAAAGCUAAUCCAUGCACAAAAACCUUUGCGUUCCCCAGCUUACACACUGCUACUACUGCCCCUGCUCCCCUUACUCCUGACCCAUAUUUCCGCCGGAAAUCAUGGCUACCGUCUCAACACAGGCGUCAGCUGCCGUUUUCCGCCCACGUGCAUCCAAGACAAGGUUUCUUACUGGGUCUUCUGGUAAGUUAAACAGAGAAGUUUGCGUUAAACCAACGGCUUCUACAACACCUAGCUCAUUCAAAGUUCAAGCCAAGAAAGGGGAGUGGUUGCCAGGUCUGCCUUCACCAGCUUACCUCAAUGGCAGUCUUCCAGGUGACAAUGGUUUUGAUCCUCUUGGACUUGCUGAGGACCCUGAAAACUUGAAAUGGUAUGUGCAAGCCGAGCUUGUGAACUCGCGUUGGGCUAUGUUGGGUGUUGCAGGGAUGAUCUUGCCUGAAGUUUUCACUAAGAUUGGGAUAAUCAAUGCUCCUCAAUGGUAUGAUGCUGGGAAAGCAGAAUACUUUGCAUCCUCAUCAACCCUCUUCGUUAUUGAGUUCAUUUUAUUCCACUAUGUGGAGAUCAGAAGGUGGCAAGACAUAAAGAACCCAGGGUGUGUGAACCAAGACCCCAUCUUCAAGCAAUACAGCUUGCCUCCACAUGAAUGUGGGUACCCUGGUAGCGUUUUCAAUCCCCUCAACCUGGCACCUACCGUUGAGGCCAAGGAAAAGGAGCUUGCCAAUGGGAGAUUGGCAAUGUUAGCAUUCUUGGGAUUUGUGGUUCAAUACAAUGUUACUGGCAAAGGACCUUUUGAAAACCUGUUGCAGCACCUGUCAGACCCAUGGCACAACACCAUCAUCAACACGAUCAGGGGUUACUAAAUCAAAUUUGAAGUUACGUUGUAGAUCAUGUUCCUUUGUUUUGUAAACUCAUGUUAAUGCUUUUUGAGUAAGACCUAAGGAUAUUCCAUGUAAACAAGGAACCAUCGAUGUACAGGGGAACUUCAGAUUGCAUCUAUAUGAUUAUUAAUAUUAAACUUCA